AUGAAUGCGCGAAAAAGCAUAGAAAUAGGCCAACGUAUUAAUACACUCGUACAAAGUCUACAGAAAACCCCAUUACGAAAAGCGGUUUGCCCUACACGAUUACGACCUGGAUCUUUGGAAGCUAAAGUGGCUGCUAGCCCUUAUGCUUCCAUUCUCGCAUCACCGUUACGACAUUGUGCAUUCCACCAACGCCGUUUUCCAUCACAAAUGCUUUUGCGGUUUGGAUUGGAACGCAGCAGCAAAUCAGCCAUAUACCCUUUUCCCGAAGUAGGACUUAAAAAACCAGCAGGGCUAAACGACAGUAAACGUUACGUCCGUUUACGACGUCCAGUACUUGAUGUGGUUGCACGAAACGGAUCCAGAGCAAUAUUUCGGGGCCAAACAGAGUUUAAAAAGGACACAAUGGAAGAAAUCGGUCGUGAGCUGAUCGAUUAUGUAUAUGCACACUACGACUCUUCCAAUUUCAUACGUUUGAAGCAGCUUUUACCAGGCGAAUGGUGUAAAGAUCCAUCUUUCAGCAAUGACACGACAACAUCCACACAAUUCCAAUGUAUCCUCCUUCUAUCAACGCCAUCAUCAAACGACGAUGAGGGUUUUUGUCAAAUGGAUCACCAUAUCAAUGGAAUGACGCCUAGUAUACCUUGCUAUGAUAUAUCCAAGCUCUGGAAAGAGAAGAGCGAUCCUUCACAUCCCAUGCCCGAAAAUGGCAGCAAAGACGAGAUAAUCGCAUAUGGUGUACCAAAACAUGCAUCUACUGUAAAAUUGGCUGUAGCGUUAUGGCGCUGUCGCGCGUUUUUUUCAUGA